GUGCUCCAGACAGGAAGCAUGUGACAAGUGGGAGGAGCCUCAGCACUUCAACACCCGUCUGGACCAAUGUGUCGACAUCUCCGUUACCCCGAGCAACAUGUCCGUCACCUCGCCAGCAACACAGUUGACCAUUCGAGUGCAGAACGUCCCGGCGCUGUCAGGGGGCGUGUCCUGUGUGUUCGAGGAGCUGAGUGAGACACCUGGAGAGGUGACGGACAGAGGUCAGGUGAUGUGUCUGUCACCGUCACUGAGAGAGCUGCCCACAUACACACAGUCCUACGGUGAGAAGCGAGUGGUCCAGCUCAGCCUGAGGUCCACAGAGACCGGACAUCACUUCAUCACCACCAGCUUCAUCUAUUACAACUGCUCUGUGCUCAACUCGUAAGUCUGACCAAUCAG